AUGACACGGCACCCGCGGCGCGUACGGAUUCCGUUUCAACGCUCCACCCACGGCUCUAGGCGAGGAACUCAGGGCUGCGGAGAGAGCGGCGUACGAGGAGACUUUCCCGAGGGGGAUUUGCAGGAGGAGAGCGUAGACUUUCUAGGAGAGGUUGAAUUAGAAACCCCGUAUCCCCAACUACCUCUCCCCCUUCCACACCUAUGUCCCAUCCCCUCCCACCCCCCCUCCUUCAGCACACCCACCUCCCGCCACGCCGCCCUCCUCACCCGCAACCCCCUCGCCACAUCCUCAUUCACCUACGCCGUAACAACAACCCGCAUCUACUGCCGCCCAGACUGCCCAUCGCGCCUCGCCCGACGCUCCAACAUCCUCUUCUACGACACCGCUUCCCUCGCCGAGCGAGCCGGCUACCGUGCAUGUUUGCGCUGUCGUCCUGAGAUAGCUGAUGGCGUAGAGCACAAUUCACAAACCCUAGCAGUGUCGAAAGCGAAGAAGCUGCUGGGAGAAGAGGAGAGGAGGUGGACGGUGAAGGCGUUGGCGAAGGAGGUGGGGAUGACGGAGAGUCAUUUCUGUAGGGUGUUUAAGAGGGGGACUGGGAUGCGUGUUAGUGAGUAUAGGGUUUUUAUUAAGGAGGUAGGUAGUAGAGAUGCGGCGGCGAGAAGUGAGGAGAGUGAGGUGGUCGGUGCUGAGCUGGCUUUGGAUGAGGAUGUGAAUGCAGGUGAGAAAGAUGCCGACACGACGUUUGAUUUUGCGGGGUACGAGGUUGGGGUUGGGUUAGAUAUGACGCCAAGUUUGGAUGUAUCAGUGGAACAAAGUGAGGGAGACUGUUUUGAGUUUCUGGAUUUUGAAGUGGAGACGGAGACUUUGGGAAACAUAGUCUGA